UGCAUCAGCCUCAACUGUGGCAUAAGUCUCAAUGAGCACCUGUGAGACUCUCCGCCCCUCCCAUCCGCUAUCUUCAUGGAUGUAAUCUCCGACUUAACAACAGGUACUUGUAAGGUCCCAGAUAAAGUAAUCUCCCCAGACCUCGGUGAGCUUUUGGCAGGAGAGUCAGAGCAGAGCUCCAACCGCGCAAAGUAUCUAGAAUUCCCUGGCAAAGCGCCUGCAGACAUGGGUCGUCAAGAGGCCGACUAUGUGUGGAAGAAGAACACUGAAAACAUCCAAGAGGUUUUUGACUUCAUGGAAGAGUUGGGAUCUGGGGCGUUCUCAGAGGUUUACAUGGUGAAGGAGAAGAAGACGGGAAAAACAUUUGCCAUGAAGUGUGUGAAAAAGAAACAGAAGAGGGAUCUGAAUCUGGAGAAUGAGAUCGCUGUGCUGCGAAGAAUUAAACAUGAGAACGUUGUGGGGUUGGAGGAUUUCUAUGAAAGUCGAACGCAUUACUAUCUUGUCAUGCAGCUGGUUUCAGGCGGUGAGCUAUUUGACCGUAUCCUGGAUCGGGGGGUGUACUCAGAGAAGGAUGCCAGCAGAGUGAUUCAGCAGGUGCUGCAGGCCGUCAGCUAUCUGCACCAAAACGGAGUAGUGCAUCGGGACCUGAAGCCCGAGAACAUCCUGUACUACAGCCAGGAGGAAAACUCCAAGAUCAUGAUCAGUGAUUUCGGCCUGUCAAAGAUGGUAGACAAUGGCAUCAUGUCCACAGCCUGUGGCACCCCCGGAUAUGUUGCUCCUGAAGUUUUGGCACAGAAGCCCUACAGCAACGCCGUUGACUGCUGGUCUAUCGGAGUCAUCACCUACAUCCUACUUUGCGGUUAUCCCCCUUUUUAUGAAGAAAGUGAGACACGGCUCUUCUCCAAGAUCAUGAAGGCACAGUAUGAGUUUGACUCACCAUUCUGGGACGACAUCUCUGAAUCCGCCAAGGAUUUUAUUCGUAACAUGAUGCAGAAGAAUCCCAAGAUGCGCUACACUACAGAGCUGGCGCUCAGACAUCCAUGGAUUAUUGGGAAGACAGCUCGGAGCCAGGACAUCUACUAUUCCGUCAGCGUUCAGAUUCAAAAGAACUUUGCCAAGUCCAAGUGGAAGCAAGCCUACAAUGCUGCUGUUGCCAUCAACCACAUGAAGAAGCUGCAGCUGGCCCACUCAGAGCAGGUCCUGAGGCAGGCCAGCAUCCCAGACAUCAGGGUCAUCGACGUAUCCUCCCCAACGAAAAACCGGAAACAUCUUGAUCCAGACAAGGUUGAGCCCAAGGUGCCAGAGGUCAACGGGAGUGUGCAGGGGACACAUCACAUGUCCUUGCCCACAAGCCAUGUUGAACUAAAGAGCCACUGCCACCCACUGAAGACCAGUCAGAGCGAGUGCAGCACACAACACGCACCUACAAUAGCUGAACAGGGAAAGCAUGUGUACCACUCAGAGCCUGCCAACCUGAAUGGAUACGGUAAAAAAACCAAUAAUAGCAAGACCAUAACUGGUGUUUGUGCCAUCAUGUGAAAGCUGCUGAGUUUACAUGGAAAAAAAACAUUUUACCUGGUCAGUGUUGCUGUUUUGACCCAGCAUACAGUUGGUUUGCGUCAGCAGCUCCCAGGUACUGAGAACAACAAGUGGUUGAUUCAAGCGGUGUGGGAGAUCCACAGUCUGUGUGGGGCAUUUUAUUUUGGAGAGAGUGCCUAGGAAGCUUCCCAAAAACCACACCAAAGUACACAAACCACAACGAAACUCACAUGCUCAGAUGCACGAGUCUCAUUUUUAACCAGAACAUUUUUGACAGUAUUCAACAGAACUGUGUGAUCUAGGAGGGAAAGCGAUGGAUGAGAUGGGCUCAGCUCUAGCCGGGCUUUGCAUGACUAUCCAUGUCGUUUAUGGUGACGAUGUUCCUGACCACUGGUUUUUGAUGGGGCAGAAGUCAGAUCAUCCGAACACUUUGUGCUCAUGAUUCCAUGCUUAAAAUAAUACACACAAUGACGUCAAUGACAAUUAUUGUACUUGAUCAUGUGUAAAGCACUUUCUAUAGCCAGCCUGCAUUUGUAAGCACAAUAGAAUAGAAUAAGAAAACCGCAUGCUUACUGCAUCCAAUAAGCCAUACUGAUGUAAUUUAAUAUGGUAAAGUUGUCUCAUAUUUUUGUUACUUUCUUUAAGUUAAUUGUUUCAUUAAUUUAUUUUUUUAAUUAUUUGCUUCUUUUUAAAAAAAAAUAAAAUAAAAUAGAGCAGAUCAAAUUCAAGUUUGAAAUAAAAAAAUAUAUAACAAUGUAUAUUUAAACAAACCUAUCAUUAACAGUGUAAAUGCCACAAGUAUAUUCAUUAAAUGCCAUAAACCUACUAGAACUUUUACAUUCAGCUAAAGUCUAUUGUUAAAAAUCUUUAUUCGCUUAUUGUAAGCGGUUUACUUUGGGCAGUCUGCUGUUUGUCUCAGUAUGUGGCUUUGUAAUGAUGGAUUUAACAUAUAUUAAUGUUAUAUAUGUAUUAUGCUGGGAUCUCUGUAUACUCAAAAAUAAAGGAUCUGCAUUUGUU